AACCCUCUCUCCCGUGGCAUACCAAAAACACAUUCUCUCUCUCUCUCUCUCUGUAAAUACUAAAAAAGAAAAGAAGAAAAACAAAUAAACAGUGAUGGAAAUUGAGGCAAGCAGGCCGGUGGUGGCAAAGAAGGUAUGGAACAUGGUACGCGUGUUGUUCUUCAUGCUGAGAAAGGGCAUAGCCAAGAGCAAAAUAAUGGUGGAGUUCCAUCUCAUGCUCAAACGUGGGAAACUUGCACUUAACAACCUCAUCCUCAACCAUCACUACUACAACAUGCAGACCUCCUUCUUCACAUGCCGAUCCCACCACCACAGCACCUUCAUCUCCCCAAGCGACUACGAGUUCAGCUGCAGCAACAGCCCUGCCAUCCCCACCAAACGCACCAACCGCUUUUCCACCAAAUCCCUCUCCUCAGUUCAGAAGGUUCUGGAGAUCCUCAACAACGAAAACAAUAUUAAUUCUCCCUUUCCUGGCUUCGGAAAGAGCCCUGCUUCUGUCAGACAGCUAAGAGUCACCGACUCACCCUUCCCUCUCAAGGACGAAGAGGAUAGCCAAGUCGACGUGGCAGCCGAAGAAUUCAUUAAGAACUUCUAUAAGGACCUCAACUUGCAAAAAAAAAUGGCAUAUCUUGACUCCCCCUAUCAUAUUUCCUGGAACAGAUGAUCCAUCAAUAUUACUACUGUUUUCAACUUCAGUAUUUCCAGGGAGAACUUUGUGCCCGCAUUCGACUUAAAAUCUCACAUGAACCAAACCUUCUGCAUAUUUUUGGCUGCUAUAUAUAUAUCAUCAAAGUUGCAUGAUCAUAUUUGCACGCUGACAUGGAUGACUACUCAAGUCACGUGACCGACUUUGUUGCUUUCGUUUUAUGCAGCAGCUUCUUUGUUUUUUUUGGAUCGGUUCUUGAGAGAUGAUUGUCUUGAUGUUUAUUUAGUGUUUUUGCAUAUACUGUCUUGUUUCGGUUCACUACACUGUACUAUAUUAGUGUUUGGAACUGUUUUUUUUUUCCCUGUAUUUUUGGGUUUUGAAUGUUGGUGAUUAAUGAUGGAUAGAAAAAGAAAUGAAAGGAAAAAAAGAAAUAAUAAAAGGAGAUGUGAUGUGUUUGUUAAA